AUGGGAACGUUCCGUAAAGAAACGGCGAAAUUCCCGAUAUCUUUCUAUGGAAUAAUCAACUGUACUGUUUUUGUGAUAAUGAAAUUUGAAGAUUUCGAGAAAGUAAAUCUUGAAGGCAGUGGAUGUGAUAAGUCGUAUAAAAUGCGUGCCAUUCUUUUGGAUUCUUAUAUAACUGUUCUACGAACCAAGGAUGGCAUAAACGUUGAAGGAGUACGAAUUAAAGUAUCAAUUGAUUAUAAUGAUGUUGAAAAAGGAAUAAAGGAGUGA